UUGGAUUCUUAUCUUCAACAUUGCAGCCGGCUCUACUUUUACUUUGCGGCACGGCGGUUUAUCUCCCGGUCGUUGCAGCUCUAUGGAUUGUCUUACCAACCGAUCUUGAGCCGUUUUCCUGACUUCGGCCGGGCGACUCAACUUAUCCAGCUCUUCUCUACGACCUUGACGCACUUUAUGCGUUAA